GGCAUCAUUUGACGGACAAUCCCACAAUCCUAAUCCAGAGAGUGAGGAUGCAGCAGCGGCGUUUCAGGGUCCGUUAAGCACUUAUUUCGGUGGUGACUGACGAAACUCUGCUAAGGCUUUGUUCCAUCACACCUUUAAUCUGACUUUUUCGGCUGCCGCUUUUUAAUCAACUGGUACAGUUUCCUCCCUGACUUCGCAGACGUUACGUUGGGACAAUGGAAUCUAACGUUAUCCCGGACAGUAUCCGCCCUCAAAGGCUGCAGCCGGGGAUUGGAUUCGGUUCAGGACCAACCGGGACUCUCCGCUCCUCUCUCCGGCCCGGGGUUACGGUCCCCAUCGCGCCGCUGCUGCCCCCCUCGGCCUCACUGUCCGCUUCGUCCGGGCCUCCUCCACCGCCACCACCGCUGCAGCUCCACAGCCUGUACGGCAGUAUGGGACCCGUGCUGGGGCCGGGGGCUAGCGGCCACUGUAACCCCGGGAACCCGGCGGUGCUGAAGGAAGCGGUGGAGGCUGUGGUCCGCAGCUUCGCUAAACACACACAAGGCUACGGCAGAGUAAACGUGGUGGAAGCUUUGCAGGAAUUCUGGCAGAUGAAGCAGACCAGAGGCGCCGACCUGCGAAACGGAGCUCUGGUUGUUUAUGAAAUGGUCCCGUCCAACAGCCCUCCAUAUGUCUGCUAUGUUAGCCUUCCAGGCGGCAGCUGCUUUGGAAGUUUCCAGUUUUGUCCAACAAAGGCAGAGGCGAGGCGCAGCGCUGCCAAGAUCGCUCUGAUGAACUCUGUUUUUAAUGAACAUCCUUCUCGUCGAAUUACAGACGACUUCAUCGAGAAGAGCGUGAAUGAGGCGCUGGCCUCCUUCAAUGGAAACAGAGAAGAGGCUGAUAAUCCCAACACAGGGAUCGGGGCUUUUCGCUUCAUGCUGGAGUCCAACAAAGGAAAGUCCAUGCUGGAGUUUCAGGAGCUGAUGACUGUGUUCCAGCUGCUGCACUGGAAUGGAAGCCUCAAAGCUAUGAGAGAGCGACAGUGUUCCCGACAGGAGGUUCUGGCUCAUUACUCCCACCGGGCCCUCGACGAUGACAUGCGCACCCAGAUGGCAGCCGACUGGGUGAACCGAGAGCAGAGCGUGGCGGGCACCAUCGCGCAGGAGCUGGCCUCGACAGAGCGAGAACUGGAGGAUGCCAGGCUGGCAGGCAGAGAACUCCGCUUUUACAAAGAGAAGAAAGACAUCAUGAUGUUAGCCGUGGGUCAGCUCAGCGCAGCCAACGCCGCCACUCUGCCCUCACACUAAAGCUUUGUG